CCUCGCCCCAUUCUCCUCUCUUUUCCCCGGUCAUGUCCGCCCUCAAGCGUAAGAGGACCUCGGGCAUCGGGUCGAUUGCUGGUCGGGCUGCUGCUGCCGCGGCGGCCGCCGGUGGUACGGCCUCCAGUGGCAACAAGCGGCGCCUUACGCGCGAAGAGCGCGAGGAGCUGGCCGAGUUCGGUGAGAUCCUCCCGGUCCCUGGCGGCGCGGACUCCACUCCCGGAUCCGGCGACCGCCCUGUGCGUGUGCUAGACUUCUCGGCCGAGGCCGAGCACUCCGCCAAGCGCGGCCGCUCUGAUGCCCUCGACGCGGGAGACGAGGAUCUUGACUGGUCGACGCCGGACCAAUUCUCCAGCCUGCUGCGCUCCGCGCGCAAGGCCUCUUCCACCAAGACCGGGCGCCGGUCGAUCCUGGCAUCGGCCGCCCUCAGCAAGAGGGCCACCACGGUGGCCGCCCCAUCGGACACCGCCGACAUCUCCGCAGGGCGCGCGCCGAUGGAUUCACCCCAGUCCAGGGACUCCGGUCUUGGUGUGGUCACUCAGCGCCCGGGGGCCAAGCUCCGACAGCUGAGCGAGUCGCGGCGCUCCACCGCUGCUACCGCCGGCGCUGCCACUUCCGCCACGGCCGAUGAUGGCGAGCAUCUCGACAUCGAGGGGGAUCGCAGCCAGGCCACCUCGGCCGCCGACGUCUCGUCGGACGAGGACGCCGACGAUGUGGUUGUCGGCUCCGACGACGAUGCCGACGCCGACGAAACCGACAGCGAGGAUGAGGACGAGCUCAACUGGUUCGAGCUGCACUUCGGCGAGUCCGUCAGCGAGGAGAUCCCCGACUCGGUGGAGAUGAUCCGGUCGCUGGAGGCCGCCGGUACCCGGUGGCCAUGCACCCAGCUGCCGGCUGUCCCCCAGCUGGCCGAUGACCAGCCCUCGUACACCAGCCUCCUCGGCAAUGUUGCAGUCAGUGACCUGCUCGAGGCACCGGAGACCGAGCAACUUCUCGGCGACCUGAUCGUGGACCCGGCCGUUCCGGCUCCCCUCUCGCAGCUGGGCUACUCCAAGCGCAUGGAGGAUGCCUGGCUGGAGAAGGCCUACUCCGACGCGAGCGACGGCUGCCUCCCGCUGCAUCGAUCUCUGCUGGCCAUCAUGGCACAGUAUCGGGACCUGCUGUUCGACGGGAUGCCGGCGGCCGGGCCGGAUGCGCUGGCCACCCGGCAGGCGGUGUCGCUGCACGCGGUGCACCAUGUGCUGCGCGCGCAGCGGGCCAUCCUCCGGCAUAACCAGAUGCUCGCGCAGCCCGGGGCCCCGAGUGACCUGGACUGCCGGGACCAGGGGUUCACCCGGCCGCGAGUGCUGGUGGUGACCCCCCUCCGCUCGACGGCCCUGGUCUGGCUGGACACCCUGAUGGGCCUGGUGCCGGGGCAGAUGCGCCGGCAGGUGCUCAACCGCAAGGCCACUCGCCGGGGGUACCUGGCGCCGGAGCUCUCCAGCCGCGAGAAGGCCCUGUACCAGCGGAAGCCGGCCGAUUGGCGGGACAUCUUCGGCGGGAACAACGACGAUUGCUUCCGUCUUGGGAUCAAGCUCAACCGGAGCUCGGUGGCCCUCGGCGCGGACGAGUACGAGAGCGACAUCAUCAUCGCCAGUCCGCUGGGCAUCCGCCUGCUGACCGGUACCGAGGGCGAGAAGAAGCGCAAUUACGACUUCCUCAGUUCCGUGGAGAUGGUGGUCGUGGACCAGGCCAACACCAUCGCCAUGCAGAAUUGGGAUCACCUCCUGUCUCUCUUCGAGCAUCUGAAUUUGCAGCCUCGCGAGGCGCGCGACACCGACUUCUCUCGGAUCAAGAACUGGGUCCUGGAUGGCCACUCCAAGUACCUGCGGCAGAACAUCUUCCUGUCAUCGUUCCUCUUCCCGGAGCUCAAUGCGCUCUUCUCGCGCUACUCCCUCAACCACUCGGGCCGCGUUCGCGCCACGCAGCCCGUCCCUCGAGGCACCAUCGGCCGUGUGAUUGCGCCCGUCCAGCAGGUCUUCCACCGGGUGCGUGUCAAGUCCCUGUCGGGGUUGGAUGACGAGCGCUUCGGCUUCCUGGAGGAUGUCAUCCUGGCGCCGAUGCUCCACAAGCACCGGCGCAUCUUGCUGGUGGUCCCCUCGUACUUGGAGUUUGUGCGUGUCCGGCGCAUGCUCAAGGAGCGCAGCAUCAGCUUCGUGGCCGCGCACGAGUACCAGUCUUCCGGCGAGAACAGCCGGGCGCGGUCCUUCUUCCGGGAUGGCCGUGCCGAGCUGCUGGUCUACACCGAGCGUCUGCAUUUCUAUCGCCGUCUCAACAUCAUCGGCGCCAAGCACCUGGUCUUCUAUGCCCCUCCGACCAAUGGCCAGUUCUAUCCGGAGCUGGUGAACAUCCUGUUGAAUCCGAUCCCGGCGGACACGGCUGGCGGCCCUGCGGGCCGGGCGACCGGCGGUUCCGAUGACGAGGAUGGGGCCGGCAGUCGCCGGGCCCCGACGGCCACCCUGGACAACGACGGUGACCGGACCUGCUCGCUGAUCUUCUGCCAACCUUUCGAUGCGCUGGCCCUGGCGCGCAUCGUGGGCGAGGGUCGCGCGCGGAAGAUGCUCACCGGCGAGCAGGACGCUUUCAUGUUCAGCUGAGUACACGCAUCGGCGGGACCGUCAUACACAUAGAGAAAAGGGAGUCCCCCCUCCCCCCCCC